CAUUGGCUCUUUGUCUCUCUUCUUCUACAGUUUGUGAUUACCGGCAUCUACAAGUAUCCUGUCCCCAUCCAUCGCCGUAACCUCGACAUAUGGACUCUGCACCUCCAAUGGGAGCCAACGGCGCUCCCCAGUCCGUCGAUCAGUUGCCCCCAGAGGCCAUUGCAUUAGCAUCAAGAUUCUUCGAUGCGGCCAGACAAGGCCAGAUGGACAUGUUUGAACAAGCUCUGCCUCGUGGCUUACCGGCGAACUUGACCAACGACAAAGGCGACACCUUGUUAAUGCUGGCCUCCUACCACGGCCAUGCGCCACUCGUCUCCUUGCUGCUGAAGCACGGGGCCGACCCCAACAGCCUGAACGACAGGGGCCAGUCACCCUUGGCCGGUGUGGUCUUCAAGAAUGAAGCCGAAGUGAUCAAGGUUCUUCUGGAAAAUGGUGCCGAUCCAGAAGUGGGUGAGCCUAGUGCUCUUGAGGCGACAAAGGUAUUUAGGCAAGAAGAAUACGAGAGCAUGUUUCGUGAACAGAUCGAAAAGCUCAAGGCAGGGCAAACGAGAGCCACAAACGGGCAUUGAGAGUUAUAUCCCAGUUCUAUCUCGUUGCCGGUCUGGAGUAACAUGCCAUUAUACCCCACUAUAUUGUACACAAAAGUUCGUCAAUCAUGAGGUCGUCAAGAUACAACAAAGAAGUUUCGCUCAGAAAUCCGCCAAC